AUGGCAGAUUCAAUGCUUUCUCAGCUGUCUUGCUCCCCACCUCGGGCAGGGACACCACCCCGCGUAGCCACUGUGGAGGACAUGCUCGAAUGGCUGCGCUGGGACGGUUGGUAUCGCGGCAUCGUCGGCUGGUGUACUGAGUAUUCAGACACGGAACUAUUCAGCCCACGUGAAGCUGAACGCGACGGUAGCAGUAGAUUUGCUGCGUUCUACUCGCCUGGAUCCUGGAAACCUCCGCAGCGCGACUUCGACCUCAAUGCCGGAUUACGGGAGGCAUCGUACAUGGAGGAACACGAGAAAUUUGUUCGACGUAUGAUCGAGUCGCACAAGAAGCUGCUUGUCGAGGCCAUCGAGGAAGUUGAUCGUCGACUGGUACAAGCGGGGCUGAGUGUUGAACAGAACGAGAAUGCGGAUAAGAGGGCCAGCUCUGUUUAUGCAAAGUUGCAACGGUUGGAAGAGGCCAAGAGAAAACGGCGUCCAGAUCCAAGAGUUCGAGUUCAGGUCAUCUGUCAUGCAGGAAACGCUGACACUGGUUAUGAGCCAGUGACGCUGGACCUACACUUGCCACACAAGUGGACUGAACACGAGCUGCGCCCAAUCAAUGGGGAGAACCCAGGACAGGAACGUAUCUGGAAUUAUCGAGUUAUUGGCAAGAAUGACCACAUAAUGAGUCUGAGGGAAGGUUCCUGGCAUGCUCUCAGAAGCCAAGAGGACUUCACAAUGUUAAUGAGAGAAAUCGUGCGAGAUAGCUCGAAACUGGCGGUAAUUUGCCACGAGACCGAUCUUCAGCAACGGCGGAACCUCACCGCACCAGAACAAUGGAAAGACGUGACCCCCGACGACAUGUGGAAGGCAUUGGGCUUGGACCACAGUACCCAGUGGAAUGAGGAUGAGCAGAUCAAAUGGGGUUCGGAGGCGUCAGACAGUCUAAUGGAUCUUGUGGAUAAUCUCCCUGACGAUCUCUUUUGA